UUCAUAAGUGCAUGUGCGCAAACACUAUCUGUGAUGUUACUCCAUUUUCUAAAUUUGGAAGAAUAAAGGAAAAUAAUAUUGCGAAAACUCGCUACCAUCGUGUUAUAAGAAAGUUUCCUACAGCUCAUUACUGUAUGAGGAGUCUGACCAGCAAAUCGGUCAACUUACGUAGAUGAGAAAUGGAAACGAUGUCUCUAUUCGUAAUACCCAUAAUAAAUUGAGGGAACUAGGAUCAGUUUCGAAUCGGGGUCUCCGACGAUAAAUAUGUUUAUCUUUAUUUGGGUCUUUACUGCGACAAUUUAUUCAAGUAAUUCUUGGAAUGUAACCAGCGAUACCUGCGAUGAUCUAAAAGAUCACGAAUUAUUAUUUAUGCAGAAUUGCAAAGUUUCUAUGAAUAAGCAAAUGCUUCAGGCAAGUUGUGGUAUGUACUCUUCUAUUGAAAGUUUCUCACCUUACGUCGGACAUAAACGAUACGCAAUUGAAAUGACAAUAGGAAUAGAAAGCGAUAAUUUCAUUUACAAUUUGAACGAAAGAAUUUGUUUAAGGCUUGCAAACUUGACGAUUAAGAAAUUCCGAGUUUCUCCACAUCAAAUGAAUAAUUAUGGUUUAAAAUUUUCUUUGUUGACUCCAUUAGCAUCCACAUUGUCUGGUAUCAGAAAAGUCAAAAUUCACAUAAAUUUUAAUAGAAGUCGUAUAAUUGGCAUCGCUGAAGCUCUAGGUGAAUGCGAUGUGACUUCACCGAAGUUUGACUUUAUGGCCAUUGAUGAACGUCGAAAUGCAUCCUGUAGAUUAGUUCUUCGAGGUAUUUAUGAAAUGAUAAUGACCGCAGUAAGGAUUAAAAAGUUUCCUAAAUCAAAACACGAAUUAGCACUGCUUUAUAAUCAAUUUGAUCAGAUUUACUUCCUUCGCCAAGCAACAGUUACAGAAUUCUCUAUUUAUUUAACGCAAAAUGUGAAAUCAAUAAAAUUGUUUUCUUCCAUCCCAGAAAUUAAUGUGCUUAAAUUAGAGAUUCCAGAAAAUCAUUUCGAUAUUAUUCAAAAUGGCGAUUUUUCCUUUACUCCCAAGUUGGAAGUAUUAAAUAUGACAAAAAGUACAAUUUAUUUAAUAGAGGAAAAUGCGUUAGACAAUCUUCCAGGUUUAAGAAUUGUGGAUUUUAGCAGAAAUCGAUUAUAUUCUAUACCCGAACCGUUUUAUAAACCACAAUUCAUUAAUCUGACGUAUUUGAAUUUAGAAGCUAAUAAACCUGUAAGCAAAGAGUUUUCUUUGCCAGCGCGAUCUUACUCGGCACCAUCAAAUCUCAAGAUACUCAUACUUUCGAAAACUUAUAUAACACACUUGCAAAGGGGAUCCUUCGCAUCCUUUUCUCAUCUACGUUAUCUUUAUCUUAGCGAAUGCCAUCUCGCAUCCAUACCCGAAGGUACGUUUGAUAAUUUGACUUCUCUCGUAUCGCUCGAUUUAUCAAGAAAUCGUUUAGAAAUUAUUGAAGACGACAUCUUUGUAGUUCUUCAUUCCCUUCAGUAUUUAAAUUUAAGUAGUAAUCGUUUUUAUUUCAUUCCACAAUCUUCUAUCAAUUUUCUUUUCAAUCUUAGGUUUUUGAAUUUAGAAAACAAUGCGGUAAAAUAUCUAUCUAAUUUUUCCCAUUUAAAUCUACGAUAUUUAAAUCUGAGAAACAAUCGUAUCAAAGAGUUUACUAAUGAGUCAAUCGAUUUACCACUGUUAGAAAAUCUUGAUAUUUCUUCUAAUCUCAUAAGCAACUUUUCUAAAGAAUUAUUAGAAAUUUUACAAAACAUCAAAUUUGUUAAUUUAUCGUGGAAUCCGUUUAAUUGUUUACCUUGUAAUCUUUACUAUUUGCGUAUGUGGUUAAAUGCCACCGAUUAUAGAGAUUCUGACAAUUUUAUUUGUUUUCUUCCGGAGAAAAUUUCCGAUGAAAAAGUAAUGAAUCUUCCAUCAAGAUUUGAAGAUUGCUUACGCUUAGAAACUGAUGCAACAAUAACAAUUGUAAUAUCUUUAUGUAGUACAAUAUUCGUUAUCUUAUUAGCUGGAUCAGUAAUAUAUUAUUAUCGCUGGAGCAUUCGUUAUUCCCUGUUUCAUUUACGAUCGAAAAUUUGGUAUUUUAAAGAAGAAAAACUAUCUUCUCAUCAAUACAAGUACGACGCCUUUAUAUCGUUUUGCGACGAAGAAAUAGAAUGGGUAGCGAAUGAAUUAGUUCCUAAAUUAGAAUGUGAAGAAUCGGGAUUAAAAUUGUGCAUCCGGCUUCGCGAUUUCACCCUCGGUGAGGAAAUCCAUCAGAAUAUUAUCGACAAAAUAGAAGAGAGUCGUAAAGUUGUGAUUCUGUUAUCGGACAAUUUUCUGAAGGACAAUUGGCGUAUGACGGAACUAUACUUGGCUCACGACAAGUUAUUCGAAGAAAAUAGAGAUGCGUUAAUUUUAGUUAAAAUGGAAGAAUUAAAAAAAGUGUUAAUACCUCGAAAACUUCGUUAUUUGUUAAAAACAAGGACUUAUUUGUUAUGGGCAACCGAAGAAAAUGCUCAGUUAUUAUUCUGGAGUAGAUUAAAAGAAGCCAUUGUAAAAUACAAUAAUCCAAAUAAAAUGAAAGGACUUGUUUAAAACUUUCGUGUUUAAUUUUAAGUGUAAUUUACGUUUAUACUGUAUAACUUUUAACGCUCUAAAAUAGAUUUGUAUAGUACUUAUGAAAAA